GAACGAGGAUACGAGUCAAUUGAUGUAAAACUUACCUCGAAAUUGAGUUCAAAAUGGCUUGAAUUUUGUUAAUUGGAAGUUAAACACCCGAAUUGAAGCACUGUUUUCAUGGGUUGAGGGCAGUAUUUUGAGGUAAGUUUUAUAUCAAUCGACUCGUAUCCUCGUUCUGAUCAAAAGCCCUAAAACAUCGGUUUUUAAUUCGGGAAAACACUUAACUCUGUUAAGCUUAAUUGGACGAGGUCGGAUUAUUAUUGGCUAAUAACUGACUUGAGAUUAUUAUCGGCCAAUUUCAGAAAGAUGGGAUUAUUAUUUUCCAAUUUGCCUUUUUUUUGGGAAUUGCAGGAUUGCGAGUUUACCGAUCUUUUUAUGCUAAGAAUCACAAUGAAAAAAAUCUCUGUUCUUAGAUCUUAUGUAGUUUAUCCCUCUGCAAAGUCUACUUAUCGUCGUUUAAAAGCGUUCAAUUUCACCAGCAAUGCACUUGCCAAUCACGAAAAGUACAGUACUGAUUCAUCAGAAAACAUCAACGUAAUCGUUUCAAAGGUUAAAGCUGGACGAACCUACGAUGAAGUUUUUCACUCUCUAUUACAAGAUCAAGCUUGUAACACGAUACCCAUAUCUCACAAUCUCGUUUCUCAGUUACUACAUAGAUUUAAAGAUGAUUGGAAAUCUGCAUUAGGCGUGUUUAAAUGGGCGGAAUCACACAAAACAUACACACCAUCAUCAGACUCGUAUGAAACAAUGCUGGACAUAUUAGGAAAAACGAAACAAAUGGAAAAGAUGAUGUCACUAGUCGAGCAGAUGAAUCAACAUCAUCUUGUUACAAUCGGCAGUAUAGCAAAAGUCAUGAGAAGACUUUGCGGGGCCGGAAAAUGGGAAGAUGCGGUAAUAAUAUUUGACGAGUUGGGUAAAUUCGGAUUGGAAAAGAACACCGAAUCGAUGAAUCUUUUACUCGACACGCUAUGCAAAACAAGUAAAGUCGAGCAGGCGCGUAAAAUUUUCUUGGAAUUAAAGUCAUGCAUCGCGCCUUCCGCUUAUACGUUUAACAUAUUUGUACACGGUUGGUGUAAAGUUAAUCAGGUCAACGAAGCGCAUUGGACUCUCCAAGAAAUGAAAGUGUACGGGUAUAACCCGUCGGUUAUAUCGUAUUCCACCAUCAUCGAAUCAUAUUGUCGCAAUUCCAACUUCAACAAAGCAUAUGAAAUGCUCGACGAAAUGCAAGCGCAAAACUGUCCUCCUAACGUUGUAACGUUCACCACCAUCAUGUGUUAUUUGAAGAAAAACGAGGAAUAUUAUGAAGCGUUACAGAUACCCGAGAAAAUGAAGUUAUUUGGAUGCAAGCCCGAUACACUUUUCUACAACGCGUUGAUUCAUACAUUAUCGAAAGCGGGCCAUGUUCAAGAAGCUGUGAAUGUAUUUGAGGUUGAAAUGGCGAGUUCUGGUAUUUUUCCGGACACAUCUACAUUUAAUUCAAUGAUUGCAAUGUUUUGUCAUCAUGGUUUGGAUCAAGAUGCGAUAAAUGUUCUAAAAAAGAUGGAAAGUUCACAACUUUGUAGACCCGAUAUCCAGUCGUUUAUUCCCUUACUCAAGAUGUGUUUUAAAAAGGGAAAGACCGAUGUAUUAUUGGGUAAUUUGUUGGAUGAAAUGGUCAAUAAGCAUCAUAUUAGCUUUGAUUUGGCUACGUACACUCUUUUGAUCCACGGGUUAUGUCGGGUUAAUAAAUGCGACUGGGCGUAUGGAUUCUUUAAGGAGAUGAUCGAUAAAGAUAUUGCACCGGGAUAUUAUACGUGUGCUUUUCUUGUUGAUGAACUUAAGCAGAAGUAUAAUUAUGGUGCUGCUGAUCAUAUUGAAGGUUAUAUGAAGCAGAUGAAGUCAUCUUGAUCAUUGAACAUUUUAUGCAUUUCCAGUGACCCUAUAAUGGUAAGUCUGUAAUGGUGUUACUGUAAUGUUCUUGUAUUUUUGUUAUUGUUUUAGGAGUUCAAUGUCUGUUUCGACCGGUUUUGGCAAAAAUUCUGGGCCGAACCACUAACUACAGUUUUGGGGAACGAAAAACCAAACCGGCCAAGUUGGGUGGGUCAGCCAGACCGUCUGAUUUUACUAGUUUACUAGUUUGGCGGUUUAAUGGUUUGGUUGUGACGUUUUUGGCAGUUUGAAUCAGUUUUCAUUUUCCAAAA